AUGCCGCCUGAUGCUGACGUUGAUGGUUCUGACUGCUUUUGCAAAACUACCGUUGCUGACUUGUGGCUCUCUUUGCAUUGCACGUCCCUCUACGACGACACUCCACGCUCGACACUCGACUCCUCUCACCUCUGCUCGCGCCGCUCGUUGUCGCACCAUCGCUUGGUUCCUUUAUUUCACGCCCCUUUCUCUCUUUUGAACUUAAUCAAAAGAGUUAAGGAAUCGGAUUCGAAAUUUGAAAAGCCGGAUCUACACAUGGCUGCCAUCGAUAACGAGCUUAUAGACUAUGAUUUCGACGAUGAUGAUUAUCUCCCAUGUGAUGAUUUUGACGCUACUUCUAACAGCGAUGAAUCUCUCCCUGAACUCGUCGAUGACCAGACCGGGGAAGAGAGAAAGUAUGCCAUAUUGAAAGAAUCAGACAUCAGGCAACGUCAGGAAAAAGAUAUAACAGAAGUUUCCGAAGUUCUCUCGAUACCCAGGAAUGCAGCAAGCAUUCUUCUUCGUCACUGUGGAUGGACUGUUAGCGAAGCCCUCGAUAGGUGGUUUGCUAAUGAAGAGGAGGUAUGUAAAUCAGCUGGCUUGAUAGAACAGGACCUCAAAAUCGUUGUUGCUUCUUGCGAGGUUGGAGACCUUACAUGCCAUAUCUGUUAUGAAAGCGAUUCUCCUGCAAAAUUUUCUAGUGCUGCCUGUGGUCAUCCUUUCUGCAAUUCUUGCUGGUCGAAAUAUUUAGAAGUAAGUAUUGAUGAUGGUGCUUGUUGCUUGAUCCUGAGAUGUCCUGAUCCGUCUUGUGGAGUUGUUGUUGAUCAAGACCUGAUAAACUCUUUCAAGGAGUUGCCUGAGCAAUAUAAGGCCAAGUAUGCUAGGUUUCUUCUUCGAUCCUAUGUCGAAGAGUGUGGGAAAAGGAGAAUCAAGUGGUGCCCAGGUCCUGGAUGCGAGAACGCAGUGGAUUUUUCUCCGGGGCAUUGUGAAAACUUCGAUGUGUUGUGUGAUUGUUCGCAUGAAUUUUGCGGGAAUUGUCCGGCGGACGAGGCUCACAGUCCGGUGGAUUGCGAGACGGUGGCAGAGUGGAGUAAGAAGAACAGUAACGAAUGUUGUACUGUGAAUUGGAUAGCUGCUAAUACGAAGCCUUGUCCCAAAUGCAAGUCUCCUAUUGAAAAAAACCAGGGAUGCAUGCAUAUGACUUGCAGGGCUCCUUGUAACUUUGAGUUCUGCUGGCUAUGCCUUGGUAAAUGGAGAACUAGUGGAUAUUUCCAUUCUUGCAAUUCCUACGAAAAGGCGAAGAGUAGACUUUAUGCUGAAGAUAAUCACAGGAAAGAGAUGGCUGAAGAAAAUCCAUGGAAGAGGUACAUUCACUAUUAUGAAAGAUGGACUGCAAAUCAAUCUUCGAGGAAGAGAGCUCUAGCAGACUUGGAUGAAGCGAAAACUGUGCAGAUGGUGAAGCUUUGUGAUGUUUAUCAUAAAUCCAUUUCUGAAUUGAAGGGAAUAGAAGAGGCUUGGCUUCAGAUAGUUGAAUGCAGGAGAGUUCUGAGGUGGAGUUAUGUAUAUGGAUAUUAUCUGUCAGAGAAAGAGGAAACUAAGAAGAACAUUCACCUCUUUGAGUACUUGCAGGGACAAGCAGAGAUUGGCUUGGAAAGACUUCAUCGAUGUGCAGAAUUGGAAUUGAUACCUUUCAUUCCUUAUUAUAGAGAUCGACCAACACCAAAAGAGUUUCACGAUUACUAUUUGAAGUUGAUCAAUCUGACUACUGUCACUAAAAAUUACUUCCAGAAUCUCGUUAGGUUCUUUCAGAAUGGCCUGUGUGCUGUUUGA